ACACACACACACACACACACACACUCUCUCUCUCUCUCUCUCUCUCUCUCUCUCUCUCAUGGCAGCGGCAAUAGCAAUGGCAUCCCUUCUCUCGCAUGGCUGCUCUUCUUCUACUCUCAAACCCAGUCUUCUUUCCUCCGUCUUUCCCAAAAGACGCAUCUGCUUACAUAGCCAUCAUCAUCAUCAUCAUCAUCAUCAAAGAGCUGCUUUGGUCGGUCGAGGAAUCCUUGUCCGAUGCUUUUCUUCUUCUUCUUCUUUCAAAUUCCCUCGAUUCUCCUUCAACCAGAAUGAGCAGACAGACAGCUCCUUUUGCUUUAGGGAGUGUGCAUUUUCUAUUGCUCUGGCAAUUGGAUUGGUUACGGGCAUACCCACAUUGGGUUGGUCUGCAUAUGCAUCCCAAGCUGGGCCAGUGUUGCCUGAUCUUUCAGUAUUGAUCUCCGGGCCUCCUAUCAAGGAUCCUGGUGCAUUGUUGAGGUAUGCACUGCCCAUUAAUAACAAAGCUAUCAGGGAGGUCCAGAAGCCGCUUGAAGAUAUCACAGACAGUCUCAAGGUGGCAGGUGUCAAGGCAUUGGAUUCCGUGGAAAGAAAUGCGAGGCAGGCAUCUCGUGCGCUCAACCAGGGAAAGUCUUUAAUUGUUUCGGGUCUUGCUGAAUCGAAGAAAGAGCACGGGAAGGAAUUGCUUGACAAGCUAGCAGUUGGGAUGGAGGAGCUCCAGCAGAUUGUAGAGGCAAGGGAUAGGGAUGCGGUAGCAACAAAACAAAAGGAACUUCUUCAAUACGUUGGAGGUGUUGAAGAGGAUAUGGUGGAUGGUUUCCCAUACGAAGUGCCUGAAGAGUACAGUAGUAUGCCUCUUCUGAAGGGGAGGGCGACUGUCGAUAUGAAGGUCAAGGUUAAGGACAACCCCAACGUAGAGAACUGCGUAUUUCGUAUAGUUUUGGAUGGGUACAAUGCCCCGGUGACAGCUGGGAACUUUGUAGAUUUGGUGGAACGACAUUUCUAUGAUGGCAUGGAAAUCCAGAGAGCUGAUGGAUUUGUAGUUCAAACCGGUGACCCCGAGGGGCCUGCAGAGGGAUUCAUUGACCCUAGUACAGAAAAGAUCCGCACAAUACCAUUAGAAAUCAUGGUCGUUGGGGACAAAACACCUGUUUACGGUGCAACAUUGGAAGAACUCGGCCAGUACAAAGCUCAAACAAAGCUUCCUUUCAAUGCCUUUGGAACGAUGGCUAUGGCCAGAGAUGAGUUUGAGGACAAUUCCGCUUCCAGCCAGGUGUUUUGGCUUUUGAAAGAAAGCGAACUUACCCCUAGUAAUGCCAAUAUAUUAGAUGGGCGGUAUGCGGUGUUUGGUUAUGUUACAGAGAAUGAGGAUUUUUUGGCGGAUGUCAAGGUUGGAGAUGUUAUAGAGUCGAUUCAAGUUGUGUCUGGGCUUGAAAAUCUUGUUAAUCCAAGCUAUAAGAUUGCUGGCUAAGGCUCCGGUAAUCUUUGUAUUGGGAUGUUUGAGGGUCUAUUUUGGACCACUUCUGUUGAAUCAACUCACUUAAAAUUCAUUGCUGAAUUUGAAUUCAAUUGAGUCACUCUUCCUGAA